AUGCAGGCGCAGAAAGCAUCGUCGUUUCCUGACGGCCAGCCGCCCUCCGCCGCGUGCGUCCCCGUCGUCUUCCUUGCGCUAUGCGAUUCCGCUCCAGAACACAACCUCCUGCGCCCUCAGGCCCACGUAUGGUCCGCGACUUCUGUCGCCAUGUCGCCUGAGCCGGGACCCGGCGUCCGCCCAGCGUCACCAGAAAGCUCGGGACGCGACUCGCCCAUCCCCCGACGGUGGAGGAAUCAGCUUGGUCAAGAAGAGCAGCCGACCAGGGACAAGGCAUAUCGCAAGUAUGCUGCCGCCGUUGAGAAGACACUGUCGCUCUUCGAGACGGCGUUGGAGGAGUGGGCCGACUACAUAUCAUUCCUCAACAAGCUGCUCAAGGUCCUGCAAGCCCGGCCGACCUCCAUCACCGCGAUACCGUCGAAAGCGACCGUCGCCAAACGUCUAUCUCAAUGCCUAAACCCCGCCCUGCCCUCGGGCGUUCACCAAAAGGCUCUCGAAGUCUACAACUACGUCUUUACCACCAUUGGCGCAGAUGGUCUUUCUCGGGAUCUUCCCCUAUACCUCCCAGGCCUCGCCUCGACUCUCUCCUUCGCCUCGCUCUCUGUUCGAUCGCCUUUUCUCCACCUCUUAGAGACACAUUUUCUCGAAAUCGAUUCGCGCUCCCUGCGACCGGCAAUGAAGUCUGUCAUCCUUGCGCUACUUCCGGGCCUGGAAGAUGAGACGAGUGAGGACUUUGACCGAACGUUGACCCUCGUCACGCGCUUCAAGAAGGCUAUUAGGCCCCAUGACAGCGAGCAGCUCACCGAGAACCACUCAUCCGGCGAUGCUUUCUUUUGGCAGUGCUUCUUCCUGGCAUCCAUCACCGGACAGAGCCGUCGCUCGGGGGCGUUGGCAUAUUUGGUGCGCUACCUGCCAAUCCUCGGACCUGUUCCACCAACCGCCAAUUCCGAUGCCGCGACACUUGCUAGCCUCCUGGUGCGCUGCUUUGCCAGCGGCUUGGCCGAUGACCAGCUGUUAAUCCAACGCGGCUUUCUCGACCUUCUAGUGACACAUUUGCCCCUGAACUCGAGUGUACUGCAGUCUCUGGUGAAACCUACCGAUCUCGAGUUUCUCCUCAAGUGUGCUGCUGGUGUCGUCACGAGGCGAGACAUGAGCUUGAACCGCCGGCUGUGGGCAUGGCUGCUUGGCCCAGAGCCAGUCGGCGGCGAAGGGGACCAUGCCGGCGACACGACAACGUACUUUGAGGAGUUUGGAAUGCAACCCCUGACAAAAUCUCUACUCGACAUGAUCAAGGGGGCUUCCACCGGAAAUGCCGCAGAGCGAGCUCGGCCGUAUAGGAUCUGCCUUUCUCUUAUGGACAGAUGGGAGAUUGGGGGCUUGGUCGUUCCGCAGGUCUUCCUUCCAAUAGUGCAGAGCGUGCGGAGUUUUCAAAGCCAGAGUCCUGCCAAAGCCGAAUUCACAGAGGUAUUGCGGAGUGCCAGCGUCUUCUUUGACGGCAUCGAGAGCGGCCUCAUCUAUAGCGAGCUCGUCAGACUACUGGCACAAGCUCUUGGCCCCCAAAACACCGCCAUGGCCGAUCGAAGGGACAAGGUUUCACUUGUCAGCUUCAUCAUCGCAAACUUCAACGUCCGUGAGGAAGAGAUGGUGACGAUCCACGCUCCUCUCACCUGCCUAGGCACCCUGUCGAUGCUGGAAGAACUCGGGGCUCGCAGGGCAAAGAGUGACCUGAUGGACACGGAGACUACCAAGCUGUCCGAACAAGCUCUGAAUGUGGUCACCUCCCUGUUGGAGCUGGUGCCGGAUCGCGCAUUUCCAGUCACCCAAGCAGUCUCGGCUGGCACGGCGGUCCGGCCAAGGGCGACCUCGUCCGUCUCCAACACCGACAUUCUCAAGAAAAUUGAGACUUUCUAUGUCCAGGAGCAGGGAAAUAUCGAUUCCAUCCCCCCACCAUUCGACCCCAUUGAAUCUGGAGAGCUGCUGCUGCACAAGGCCGUCCGAUACAUCUGCGACCCCGCUGAUGACUCGAGACCGAGCGAGGACUUGGGCGUUCGAGUUCGCAUCUUCAUACAUCUCCUGUUGAAAACACCAACAAGCUACAAGUUCAAUGUCGGCAAAAUGAUGUCGCACUUGAACAAGAAGCUGCGAACGGAUUCUCUGUUGCCGUUCUCCUACUUCUCAUCUGUUCUACAGCUUGCCACGCAUCUUUACUCCUCGGAAAGGAUAAGCGAGACGCAACUGUCUGAGCUAGUAGCUCCUCUUGUUCGCCAUGCAUGGUCCUAUCUGUCCGCGUCCGACCCCAAAUAUCAUGUGGAAGCUGUUCGUUGCUUGUGGCAGUUGCAAACCGCUCUGACGUCUUGGGAUCGCGAGAUUGAGGCCGCUCUGUCCGGGCGCACAUUCGGCGUUUUGUGGUCGCACACGCUUCAAGACUCGGUCAUGUUGGCUCGACCUGUUUUCCUCAUCCUGGACGCAUUGCUCGAUGAACGAACGCAGUCGUGCAUGGUCGUCAAAUCCUGGCUUAAUAGCAUGCUUGGGAUAGACAGGCUCUUUCUUCUUUUUGUAUCCAAGCUCUCCGAGAUGCCUCUACUUUCGGCCGUCCGAAACAAGGGUUAUGGAGAACUAAAGAUGGACGUUAAGUCGGUCCAGCUUGGCGAGGAUGACGAUCUAGACUUAUGUCUGUACUACUUACGAACCCUCCACCGAGUUCUCGGCUGCACUGGCGAGGUCUCUAGAGUUGUCCUCGCCUCCAAGUAUCUCUACUUUAGUGGUGGACAGGUGCAAAUCCGUGGAAGCGCCGAGGAGGGCGACAUGACCUUUCAAGACUACUUCGUCCGGGUGUGCGUGGAAUGCAUCACAGGAGAGGUGGCGCCGGCUGCCAGCGGGGAACUGAUCGAACGAGCCUCGCAACUCCGCCGAUACGCGUUGACCAUCCUCCACCAGUUCCUGUCGAGCCGACAUGCUGUUCCGGUAACCCAUCUCCAGCUCGACGGCAUCCUUUACGAGAGGCUUGCCAAGUCCGUCUCCAUGCCUGAUCCAUACGUUCAAGUACUCCUGCUUGAUGUCAUUUACGAUUCUCUGAGGCUUCAGGAGAUGACGCAGGCGGAGCGACCGACCUCUUCCAUUUCCGAGAGAGUCGCCUCGGGCACCGAACGUCAACGGGCCGGUAGGCCUUCGACUUCGAUCAGCGAUUCUUCACCCGGCAGCCCGCUCAUGCCUCCUCAGCUCCUCAAAUGUCUGCAAGCCGGCCUCAGUUCUGGCAGCAGCCACUGGGUGCUUGACAACUGGAUAUCUUUUCUAGGAGACUGCUUGCCGUUCUUUGCGCACUCCAUCUUCCAGGCUUUGAUACCUCUCGUCGAGACGCUCUGCCGGCAGAUCGACACUACCUUGUUCAAUCUACGGGCCACGUUCCAGAUGAAGUCUCAUCAAGAGCGCGGUGGCGGGGGCGCACCCGAAUCAACCCUCUUUUACUUGCUGAAUGGCCUGGAGCGGAUCCUCGCCUUGGCCCACGACCAGCUCCUGACGGAAGAAGCCCGGGCGCGGGUGAUGAAAGGACCCGAGCAGCCCCAGUCUCUAUUCGGGAGCAUGGUGUCAGGCGUGUUCCAAUCCGACAGCGCGCAAUCGCGAAGCGCCACGGCCAACGAUCGGUUGACGGUCCACCUCGCAUUCCAGGAUACCAUGCGAACAUGUUACAAGAUCUGGUCAUGGGGCCAGGGGGACGAAGCCAAGAAGCAGGAUCCCGUCUCGUGGGCGUCUUUUAACUACACCUCGUUACGGAUGAGGAACCGGGCCCGGCGGCUGCUUGAGCACCUCUUCACUGCGGAGACGCUGGAGUGUCUGGAAACAGUAAUCGACAUCUGGCACUCAUCCGAUAAUGCCAUUGAGCGCGCACACGUCUUUAAUUUCCUGUCGGCACUGGACGCAUGCAGGCCGAAGCACUGCGUUCCGGCCCUCUUCAACGCCAUCUACAGCCGGACAAAUCCCAGCGCCUUGGACCCAUCGCGCAAGUCAACCUUGACCAUCUCGCUGCAGGACUCUGAUCUCGUGGUCUUCCUCGUCGAAUACGCCCGCUCUCUCGAAGACGAUGCCAUGGACGAGAUCUGGCAAGACUGCAUGGCGUUCCUCAAAGACUUGCUGGGCAACCCGUUCCCCCACAGGCAGACAUUGCCGAGCUUGCUCGAGUUUGCGGCUAUUCUGGGCAAGAAGGUGGACAAUACGAAUUUUGGCGAGCAGCGGAGGAUGCGUCGGGAGCUAGGGGAUCUUUUUCUUCGGCUUCUCGCUGCGCUCUUCACCACCCGCCCCAUGACAUUUGCGGAGUCAAAUGGCUCGACAGAGAGGCUCGGCAAAGACAGCACAGGCCGUCGAGGCACAUUGAGUCUCUCCAGCGACGGGUCAGACGAUGUUGUUUCUGUCUUGGCAUCGAUUGUCCCCAAUCUACCUAUCAUCCUGCUGGAGACCGACCGUGUACUCUCCGCGGCUGCCACACUAUCCACACAUGUCAUUGGACCGGCCUUGCGUUCCAGGGCCUUCCCCGACACAGUCUCUCCAAACAUCAUGCGGUUGCUGCACGAGCUGUCGCGGCUACAGAACAACCAGAAGACGUGGAGGAAGGACGUUGGCGAGGCGUUCAACGACGGCAGGUUUUUCGGGACGAGGCUGGAGCUGGUCCUGGAUGACUGGCUCCCGCUGCUUCGGCAGUGGGUUCUUUCGGACAAGGAGAAGAUGGCGGAGAUUGUGGGCCGAAUCAGCGCGCCUACCACGGCCGGGAUUGUCUUUGGCGUUGGUGCUACAUCUGCGAGGCUCGAGGCAGAUCGCAAGACGCAGCUCAACUUGCGGCGGAUCGCAACCCUCGUGCUUGCCUCUGCGGAUGACGCCUUUGUCACGGACCUGCAGGUGAUUUUUGACAAGCUGGUGGAGCUGCUGGCGGCCACGUCGACGUCGUCGCCGUCGUCAACCACGAGGGCGGACGUCUUCCUUGUCGUGCGGGCGUUGGUGCUCAAGACGAGCCCCGUCCACCUGGCCAUGCUGUGGCCCGUGGUCAACGCCGAGAUGCAUGCGGCCAUUUCGUCGGUGGUUGCGCCCGAGCACAGCACCGCGGCGGACACGUACGCCAACGCGGCCAUCCUGCAGGCGUGCAAGCUGCUCGACGUGCUCAUCUGCGUCGCGCCCGACGACUUCCAGCUGCACGAGUGGCUCUUCAUCACCGACACCAUCGACGCCGUCUACCGCUCGUCGACAUACCAGCCCGUGGCCCUCGUCGACGAGCUGUCCGAGGAGAUUGGCAGCGCACGCCCGCUUCUGCUGGGCUCCCGGGCCGGCGGCGGCGGCGACGACGACAGGGACGGGGUCGGGGCCGCCCUCGAGCGCAGGGACGAGCUGGUGGCCAAGGUGCUGCGGCCAUUCUUCGGGCAGCUCAGCAUCUUUGCGUUUGAGUCGACGUAUGCCAUGGGCGCGCUUGACCGGGAGGCCUGCGUCCGGGCGCUGCUCGGGGACGUCUUUGACGAGCGCACCAUGGUCAGGGCUCUGUAG